AUGGAUGGCAUUGCCAAAGUAGAAAUACCCAAUGAUCUUCUCAUACAUAAUUGUGAUGAUCCAAUAUCUGGAAUUGUAGAAAGUACAUAUUCUGAUUUCUUGAGACAUUUCACAGAUAUAAAAUACCUUCAAGAAAGAGCAAUUCUUGCGCCAACUCUUCAGAUGGUGGAAUCGGUGAAUGAUUACAUGGUUUCUCUCAACAAUAGUCGGGAUAAGUCAUAUUUAAGUUCUGAUACAAUUUGCAUGUCUGAUCAUGCAUUUACAUCUUUGGAACAUGUACAUACACCUGAAUUCCUAAAUAGUAUUAAAUGUUCAGGUAUUCCAAAUCACUCUAUCACUUUGAAGGUAGGUGUUCCUGUGAUGUUGUUAAGAAAUAUAGAUCAAUCAUCAGGAUUAUGCAAUGGUACAAGAUUGAUCAUCACAAGGCUUGGAAAUCGGGUACUUGAAGCCAAAGUAUUAUCAGGAAAAAUGGCUGGAGACAAAGUUUUUAUAUCAAGAAUGACACUUACUCCAUCUGAUGCAAGAAUUCCUUUUAAGUUCCAAAGAAGGCAAUUUUCAGUCAUUGUAUCGUUUGCCAUGACCAUCAAUAAAAGCCAAGGUCAGUCAUUAUCUAAUGUGGGAUUAUUUUUGAAGAAGCCUGUAUUUACUCAUGGACAACUAUACGUGGCACUUUCAAGAGUAACAAGCAGAAAAGGGUUGAAGAUCAUAUGUUAUGACGGAGAUGGAAAAAUAACAAAUGAAGCUACAAAUGUAGUGUAUAAGGAAGUUUUCCGAAAUUUAGAGAAUAGAAGUUUUUAA